GACAAUUCUCAUUUCCGGAGGUUACCUGAACGCACCUCGUGAACUUAAAAGUGUUGAGUUUCGCGAGUGACAGCGCGGAUAAAGUGAAAGAAACACGACGAGAGGGGACGUUCGACAAGGUUACUAAACUAUUUCCUGUUGCCGGGGCAGUUUUAUUUUUUAAGAGCUGUAUGUAAAUGUAGCGUGUCGCGGUACUGCGGACACACCAACAACAGGAACGCCACAGCAAUGCAGAAUGGGAAGAGCCGCCUGCAGCAGCGCCAGGAGGAGGCGGAGGAAGUGAAGGACAUCAUGCUCAACAAUCUAAACAAGGUGGACGAGCGAUCGGUCAAACUGGGCGACCUGGAGAGCCGAGCUGAUGAUCUGCUGGAAAAGAGUAGAGCCUUUGAAAAGAAAACCAACCAGGUGAAAGAAGCCCAAUGGUGGAAGAAUAAGAAGACGAAAAUUGCAAUAAUUGCAUUUGGAGUUGUAGCGAUCCUCGUCAUACUUGGAUUGAUCAUCAUGGCUUUUGCGAAAUAGCACACUCCCGCAUGGACACGAGGUGAAACAUUGGCGCUGGACAAGCUGAAAGGGGAAGUCUGUGCUAUUUUUUUUUUUGUUUGUCAUAUAAAUGAGACUGUCGGUGUCACCCUUAGGAAAGUUCACAUGGUACCAUCGAUAGUUGCUGCUCGUCAUUUACAAAACAUUGUUGCUGCCAGCCCACAUGGACCAGACAAACAUAAAGUCGGUCCGAACUUAGAUAUAAUUUAGGGUGUCACCUUUAUCUGGCUUUUUUUGUUUUGUUUUAUAAAUCUAAAAGGGAUUAGUAACUAGCAAGUGACUCUUCAAACUCACUGCUUACAUUUUUAACACAAACCAGUAUCGAAUGCGGGUCUGUGAUCCUGUUUUAAUGAAUGCUUCUUUGGGAGAAACGGCCAAUUGUGGAGCAACGUCCAAAGACAGAAAUAUAUACCCAUAUACUCAUGAGAUCACAUAAACAUUGCAUAUAGUCAUUAUCAUAUAUUUAAAUGUUAUACAAUAAUUAGAAUGAGCAAGUAGAUAAAUACCUGAUAAAUUAUUUAAAUUAAAUUGUUAUUAUUGAUAAUUAAAUUAAAUCUACAGAGGUAAAAAAAAAAAAAGGUUGAUUUUGUGAAAAGUUGAAUGAAAAGCAGAACUAAUAUUGAUUACUAUCAUUUGCAAUGUGUUGUUGUCUUGUUAAAAAUGUUUAAGUAAAACAUACUUUGAUCAUAA